UCACAUGGCUAGUUAACUUGAAAAGACAGAUUGUUAAAGGUUUUUAGGAAGGAUUGAGAUUCCUUUUUUCUUCUUAUGAUGAAUAUCGAGCCUAGAUCCUUUUUGUUCGUGCAAGGCCGUUCCCUACACAACCUAGCGCUCAAUUGUGAUUUUUUUUCUCAACAAGUUCACAGCAGUGAUUGCAAAUGAAUGCCGCCUGCUUACGCCCGUGUUAAAAGUCGCUGUACACGGCCUAAAUCCUGUACCGUACCUAUAUAGUAUCUAUCGGAUCCUGCCAUAGCGUAACUACUGAUACCAGCAAUGGCGUGCCGCGUGGCGUCAAUAGUGGUGGUUGCUGUUUUUCUUUUGGUCCAAGCGGUGGCUGAGGAACCUAAACCAUGUUGCUGGAUCAGUCAGAUGUAUGGAGCAUGCAUGGUCCAGGAGGAUAAAGAGUUGGAGGAUGGGACUAUAGUCGUGGAGGACACGCUCGCCGAGUUUGCCUACGAUAAGACGUUCAGCGCUAAGGCCUUCAUUUUCACCGAGACCUUUGAAAACGGCACCCAGCUCAUCGCGCGGAUUGUAGAGUUAUCUGAUUUGGGGAUAGCCUACUUCAUCCAGGACAACCAAGGCCAGACGAAAUGCUCGAAAAAGCGGAUCCCUGCCCGGUUCAAACCAAACUGCGUCCCUGAAGCGGCUCGAUUUUGGUCUAACGCUACUCUUGGUGACCACGCCCUCAAUGGCAACAUAUGGGAACGCAACAAAUUUGAGGAUGGACUGCUUACCAACACGACUUACUUGAUGGCGGCCGACUACUGCGUGCCACUUUCUGUCAACCAUGUCGUUUAUAACUUGAACCCAAGCCCGCCAGAGGUGGAUCUUGUCACCUAUGACUAUGCUGACGUUAGGCUUGGAAUUUGUGACAGAGACAAGUUUUUUCACAUUCCUGAGGAGUGUUCACAGAGUCAGGAUGCCAUGACGCCGUUCAUGGAGAAGAAGCUGAAACAACGUCAGAUGAUGGAGAUGCCCUUCCGUCUGGACACACUCAUGUGAUUUCGAAGCUCGGCAAUGUACGCUAUAUCAAGCCUAGAAUGAGUUUUUUGUAUUGAUAUACAAUGUAGUUGUUAGAAUAAGUUUACAAAGUAACAGACGGUCAUGGCAAAAAGCUGGUGAUUAUGCCAGGUGACUCUGAAGUUUACUCAAAGUAGUUGGGAUUACUUCGGCGUUUAUUCUACUUUUCUCAUUUACAGUAGUUGAUACUCUUGUAUCACAAUGUAUUUAACAGCACGUGGGUUCCUUUGCUUAUAUUGCCUUUUUUUUCCUUUGGAGCAAGAAAAUUGCUCAAACCCUCAAGUAGAUGCAAAACAG